UACCGAACGUUCUAUCAAACCGUGACAAGCGUGGAGAUUUCCCGAGUUCACCGCGUAUCCGUAUCAUCAUAGUGUUCUCUAGUGCACUGCGGAGUCUCUAAAGCGGCUUGGAAUGGCUCGGUCUGCCGACGACGAUCCGUUUGGGGAAAAUGAAUUCGUUGUCACCGAAGAGGAUGUCGCGGAUUUUAGGAAGCAAGUCCUUGAGGAAGUAGCGGUCAACGCUCAGCUAUAUCAUCCCAAGGAUGUGGACACGAUAAAAAGCAAUUAUGAGAUUUGCCGCCGAUACGUGAGACAUAAACGACGAGAUAUCACCGCGGCCGUCGAGAUGGCGAAGAAAAGCUUGCAAUGGCGGAACGAAUUCGGAGUCAACGAUUUAGGAAUCGAAGAGAAACUUUCAGGGAUCUCCGAGUCGAAUAUCUACAGAUUGUAUCUCAAUGUCGGCUGCUUCAUACCGUUCAAAAAAGACAGAGAGGGCAGUCAAUGCAUAAUCUUCCGUACGAGACUUCAUCGGAAAAACGCCGCUCGGUCGCACGACAUGAAAAGAUUCAUGAUUUUCUGGGUCGAAAAACUCCUGUACGAACAGAACAACCCGCGAAUGACCUUCAUUUUCGAUAGCACCGACGCGUCGUACAGUAGCAUGGACUUGGAACAAAUCAUGUUCACCAUUCAGAUUUUCAAUGAGUACUAUCCUUGGGCGUUGGGAUACGUGAUCGUGUACAACAUGCCCUGGAUUUUGAAAACCGUAUGGUCCGGAAUCCGAUCCCUGAUUCCCGCAGACGGUGCGGACCGAUUUAAGUUCUGCAAUGGAGACGAUAUCUUCGAAUAUAUCGACAGAGACAAUCUGCCUGACUUCAUGGGCGGCACCGUGCGCAUGCCCUUCAAAGAGCUAUCGCCGGAGGAAAUUGAAGCCAUACCCGUAGACAACAACAUUGAGAAACGAAUCUGCACGACUCCAGCAAUCACAAGGUUCUACCGAGAGAACUUUGGUCUCUUCGCGGGCUCGGCAGACUCCGGGAGUCACAAGCGUAUCUUCUCUUGCAUUCCUGACAGCUGCUUGUCCUUCGAGACAAUCAACGGGAACCAAAUCGCUUACUUGAAUGUAACGAACUGCUCCACGGACGGUCGGACGAUUGCUUUCAGGAUCAGGACAAAUCGUCGCGAGGGAUACACCGCGCUGCCGCAUUCUGGAACUAUCGAGUCCCAGAAGGCGGCCCGAAUCUCCAUAAUCAAGCUUAAAGAGUAUCUCUCAACAAGAAGCGACAAGCUGCUCAUUCAGGCUGUUCCGGUUGACCAUCCGCAGCCGCAAAUCUUGGAUGUUUUCAAGAAACUUGAUCGGAGUCAAGUACAUGAGCAGAAAAUAUUCUGUGAGCAACCUCUUGACGACGCAGACGAGGCUGACUUCGCGUAUUCGACUAGUGAGAACGGCUUACAGUGGUCGACGAGGAAUGCCAAUCAUUUCGAAGAACGGGUGGCCCUGCUCACCGCUCAAUGCGAGAGACAGCAAUUCAUCAACAUCAUUAUAUGCGCUCUGAUUGUCGCUUGUCUGGCGCUCUCAUUACACAGCAAAUUAUGCCAAUCCAGAGACAGCUGGUGGUGCACUCUAUGA